UCCGAGAAGGGGGUGGGUCUAAAUUCUAAAGUGCUUUCAAAUCCGGCUGAACAUCGACAAUAGGCAAAAUGGUGAAAAACGAAGAUAACGAACAGUAAUCAAUCUCAUAACUCCUAUAAGCAAUACAAAAUAGAGAGUUGAGCAGAUAUACCAGAGGUGGGAUCAGGUGCCUAGGUAGUCCGAAAUAUCUGACGUUUUUCUUGCUUUUUUUUUUUAUGAUUUUGAUAUUUACCGUGCCAGGAAAACGUCAGGACCUCCAGUUGGGGGCGGCAUUCUGGGGCCGAUUUUAAAUACUUGCGAGCCAAAUUCAAUGUUAAACUCAUAAUUCAUCAAUAAAACGAUGCUUCUUGUACUAGUGCCUAGGAGGAGUAAGUAUUCCCUGUCGACUGGUCACACCCGCUAUGAGCCCUAUAUAUAUGUUGAUCAGGUAAACGGAGUUAUCCGUAGUCAAAAUCAGUGUGCCAAGAACGGCUUAACAAUCGGUAUGAUACACGUCAGACAGCAUUUAACCCAAUUAUAGGUGGCAUUGGCAAACUACAGUACAGCUUUCAUUUUUUUAACGAAUGGCGCACCAUACAUACCACAUAACGUCAUGAAAACAAAAAAUGACGUCACAAUUACAUAUAAUGAAGAACGGAAAAUGAGAAGUUUUCGUCUUAGAAGACUUGUAAGAAGGUACUGCACUGUUAAGAUGCACUAGGCCCUGUCUAUUAAGGUACACAACUACGCAGGCGGUUUUUCCCCAGAUGGGGAUGCGAGUCAUUAAGGUGCGUAUUCCUAAGAUAUUUGGAUCACGGAUGGAGCUACAUUUGUUACUCACAAUCGGGUUCGGAGUUCUCUUCCUUGUUCCGACACACUGCUUUGAGAACCUUGCACAAAAUCCGAAAUUCCGUGGUUUGCCAUCACAGAGUUUUCCAUACCCCAAUUCACGUGCUUGGGCUGAGAAUGCUGUGGACGGUUACUUACAGACAGAUGGAGAUGGUAGUGCUCACUGCAGCCUCACAGAGUUUUCAGUCGAUAGGAAAAUGGCAUUCUGGAAAAUACCACUCAAUGUCUUUGCUAAUGUGGCGUAUUUGCAAAUCCAUUUCCGCAAAUUUUAUCAAAAUCGACAAGUCGGAUUUUCAGCAUUUACCUUUAACGACUCCAGUUUUAUACCACCGUACGCAAAUCACGGACCAGGAAGAAAUAUCUUUACUCACGACGCCACGACAUGUAUUCCAUUGGUUUUCAACGUAACUGUCAAUAAAGUGACGAAGGGGGUCGCAUUAUAUAACUCCAGAAUGAAUGAACUGCGGACGACUUGUAUUGGAUAUGAGCCUGCAGUUGCCACCAUUGAAAUAUGUGAAAUGUUCAUCAUGGGUUGUGCAGAGAAACGUUAUGGAGAAAAUUGUAGAUCUUGUGAUUCAAAAUGCUUAGACAGCCAGUGUGAUGCAUUUGAUGGAUCCUGUAUCUAUGGAUGUCAUAACAGUUUGAUGAUCCCUCCUGAAUGUGAUGUUUGUAACGGACUGUUUUAUGGAGAAAACUGUAAUGAGCCCUGUGGACAUUGCGUCAAUGGAAGUAAAUGUGACACGAAAGGUGUCUGUACUAAAGGAUGUGAACAUCAAUGGGCUGGACCCCUGUGUGACGUUUGCAUUGACGGAAUUUACGGACUAAACUGUGCACUACAAUGCGGACAGUGUAGAAAUGGUACAUAUUGCAACAAGAAAACUGGGAUAUGUCCGGAAGGGUGCCAGGAUCACUGGAGCGGAGACAAAUGUGACGAAUGCGCACCAGGGUUUUUGGGACCAAAUUGCAACGAAAAGUGUGGAUCUUGUAAGAUUGGUACUACCUGCAACAAGGUAACAAAGGUCUGUCAUAGUGGUUGUCAGGAGCACUGGAGCGGACCAUUUUGCGAUGAUUGUGAAGCAGGUUAUUAUGGACCAAACUGUCUACAACAAUGUGGAAAGUGUAUGAAAGUGGAAGACUGCAACAGCACGUCUGGAAUAUGCGCGUCUGAUUGCCAGCAUGGAUGGAGUGGAGACAAAUGUGAUGAAUGUGUACAUGGAUUUUAUGGAACUAACUGUGAUGAAAGUUGUGAUCACUGUGAAAAUGGAACUCACUGUAACAAAACUACGAAAGUGUGUAUUUCUGGUUGUGAGGAACCUUGGAGCGGACCACUGUGUGAUGUUUGUAAAGAUGGGUUCUAUGGCCUAAACUGUUCACACGAAUGUGGAAAAUGUAAACUUAACACAACCUGCCAUAACGUAACAGGUGUGUGCCAAGAUGGCUGCCAGGAAAAAUGGAACGGAUCCAGAUGUGAAGAAUGCGUGGACGGAUUGUAUGGCAAGGCCUGUGAAAUUACAUGUGGAUUGUGUAAAAUCGGAGAUUCCUGUGACAAAGAAAAUGGUUCUUGUCCAUCUGGAUGCCAGACUCACUUUAGCGGACUCCGUUGUGAUGCUUGUGAGAUUGGAUAUUAUGGAGAGAACUGUACGGAAAGAUGUGGAAGUUGUGCAGGAAAAGUAUGCAACAGACUUAGCGGGCAAUGUCUUGGUGGAUGCCAGAAUACAUUUACAGGGAUGAAAUGUGAUAAAUCAUUUGAGUACUUGAAAGUUGAAACGGUUUCCGGGUCAAUCAGUGGAGUCAUAGUUGCUGCAGUGAUUAUCGUUAUUGCUGUAGUGAUAUUCAUAGCCUAUACGUAUUUCAGUCGAAGACGAGCGGAACUUUAUGAUCCCAGCAGAAGAUACGAAGAAAAUACCGAACCAUAUACUACACCAUACCAUGCAGAAACACGUGCUGUGGAAUAAAUAGAGACAUAAACUUAAUGAGCAAACAGUCAAAUAAAAGUAGGAAGAAGACAGGAAGUGCUACUAAAUGGAGAACACCGGAAGAGUUACUAAAUGGAGAACACCGGAAAUGUAACUAAAUAGAGAACACCGAAGUGUUACUAAAUGGAGAACACCGGAAGUGCUACUAAAAGGAGAAGACCAGAAUUGUUGCGAAAUGGAGAAGACCAGAAGUGUUACUAAAUGGAGAACACCGGAAGUGUAACUAAAUGGAGAACACCGGAAGUGUAACUAAAUGGAGAACACCGGAAGUGUAACUAAAUGGAGAACACCGGAAGUGUAACCAAAUGGCUCUCAUUCUGCUUACUCUGAAGAUAUUUUUAGUAAUCGCAUCUUCAAAAAUUAAAAAAGACAUUUUUAACAUGAACUAUGGGAAAAUAUAUUUCUAUUUCACA